AACAUCACCCCCAUCAAUCAAACACAAAACCAAGAUCACAUCCUGUCAUAUUAUCUUCUGCUCCAAAGUUUCCCAACACAAAACUCCCUUUCUCCAUCUCUAACUUCCUUACUCGGGGGAUCCGAGGUAAGAAUUCUGGUUUUGUUCUGCAAUGGGAACAGAACAGGCAGCGGCCGUGGAGAUAUCGGAACCGCUGCUACUCCAUGAUGAAGCUGCGGUCGACAAAAUUAGGGCAGCCGAUGAUCAAGAAAUGGAAAGAAUUCCUGAAUGGAAGGACCAGAUUACGAUCAGAGGGCUGGUGGUCAGCGCUAUAUUGGGGACGCUUUUCUGUAUAAUCACCCACAAGCUCAAUCUGACGGUAGGGAUCAUUCCUUCUCUCAACGUCGCCGCUGGUCUGCUGGGGUUCUUCUUCGUCAAAUCAUGGACCGGAUUUUUGUCCAAAUUAGGAAUUUCGGUUCAACCUUUUACCCGCCAAGAGAACACCGUUAUUCAGACUUGCGUUGUGGCUUGCUAUGGUCUCGCCUUCAGUGGGGGAUUCGGAUCUUACUUGCUGUCUAUGGACGAGAAAACUUAUAAACUGAUUGGUGAAGAUUAUCCUGGUAAUCGGGCAGAGGAUGUUAAGAACCCUGGAUUAUUGUGGAUGAUGGGCUUUAUAUUCGUUGUUAGUUUUCUGGGGCUUUUUAGCCUUGUUCCUCUUCGGAAGGUUAUGGUCUUGGAAUAUAAGCUGACCUACCCAAGUGGAACUGCCACGGCUAUGUUGAUUAAUAGUUUCCAUACAAACACUGGAGCAGAACUUGCCAGAAAGCAGGUUUCUUGUCUUGGAAAAUAUUUAAGCAUAAGUUUCUGCUGGAGCUGCUUUAAAUGGUUCUUUAGUGGUAUUGGCGAUUCAUGUGGAUUUGACAAUUUCCCCAGCCUUGGGUUGACGCUGUUCAAGAAUACGUUCUAUUUUGACUUUAGUCCAACUUAUGUUGGAUGUGGUCUAAUUUGCCCUCAUAUAGUCAACUGUUCAGUUCUUCUUGGAGCUAUCAUAUCAUGGGGUUUCCUUUGGCCAUUCAUUUCGCAGCGGGCAGGUGACUGGUAUCCAGCUGAUCUUGGCAGCAACGAUUUCAAAGGUCUCUAUGGAUAUAAGGUUUUUGUAGCCAUUUCCCUUAUUCUUGGGGAUGGGCUUUACAAUUUGAUUAAGAUCAUAUCAGUAACUAUUAAGGAAAUAUGCACCAAACGUCAAAAUCUUCCAGUCGUCAAGGAAGUUACGGAACAGAAGAAACGCGAUGAAGUUUUCCUCAAAGACAGAAUACCUUUCUGGUUUGCUGCUUCUGGAUAUGUUGGCUUGGCGACAAUAUCUACUGCUGCAAUGCCAAUGAUCUUUCCGCCUCUUAAGUGGUAUUUAGUCCUUUGUUCAUACAUAUUAGCCCCAGCCCUUGCCUUCUGCAACUCGUAUGGUACUGGACUAACAGACUGGAGCCUGGCUUCUACUUAUGGGAAAAUUGGUCUGUUUAUUAUUGCCUCACUCGUAGGAAGCAAUGGUGGGGUUUUAGCCGGGUUGGCAGCUUGUGGCGUUAUGAUGUCAAUUGUCUCCACAGCUGCUGAUUUAAUGCAAGAUUUCAAGACUGGUUACCUUACUCUGUCAUCAGCGAAGUCUAUGUUUGUGAGCCAAUUAGUUGGAACAGCUAUGGGCUGUGUGAUUGCACCCCUCACAUUUUGGUUGUAUUGGAGCGCCUUUGAUAUUGGAUCACCUGAUAGCCCAUACAAAGCACCAUAUGCUGUUAUAUACAGGGAAAUGGCUAUUUUGGGGGUUGAGGGCUUCUCUGAACUUCCCAAGCAUUGCCUGGCCAUAUGUUGUGGCUUCUUUGUGGCUGCUUUGGGUAUAAACCUUUUGAGAGAUGUAACCCCCAAGAAGGUUUCUCAGUUCAUUCCUAUUCCGAUGGCAAUGGCAGUGCCAUUUUAUAUUGGAGCUUACUUUGCAAUUGACAUGUUUGUUGGUACUGUGAUAUUGUUUGUAUGGGAGAGGCUAAAUAGGAAGGAUGCAGAAGAUUAUGCUGGUGCUGUUGCUUCGGGUCUGAUAUGUGGUGAUGGGAUAUGGACGAUACCGUCUGCCAUUCUCUCCAUCUUCAGGAUUAAUCCCCCCAUCUGCAUGUAUUUUGGACCUUCUGCAAGUAGCUGAACAAGUAAGCUAGCCUUUGUAAUUCUUUAGUUUCAUAAACAGAAAGUACUCACCUGUACAUAUGUAUGUGCCAAAUGUAUUCAUCGAUUUGUUUCUGUGCUUUAUCUCAUUUGUCAACCAAUUAUAUGAUCUCAAUCAUUAUGAGGGAAUCUUUUAUUAGCUGGUGGAUAGAAUGAUGAAGGAUCUUAUUAUUGAAUUACUUAAAACUGAUUGAUGUUGUUGCA